AUGGCCUCGACACCCGUCUCGUCGAUUGCCUCGUCUGCCACUAACGUGGCCGACGUUUUGGCGUCCCUCGGCAACGACGAGCUCGCGGCGGAGGUGGGUAGCUGGUCGGCGGAGCUGCAAGCUAAGGUGGUGGCGGCGGUAUCCGCCCUUUCUUCGACGUCGACAUCGACAUCGGCGUCUACUGUGGUCCGGCGCCGCAAGAGCAACAAGCUCGACGCGGCCUCGUCUUCCACGGCGGCAUCCUGGUUGGCCCCGGCGGUGGAGCCGGCUGACCUUUCGGCGGAGCUCACCGCGAUCCAGGAGGGUGAGCGCUCGCCGGCCGCAACCACCAUUGCCGACGACGAGGUCAUCAACUUCGGCGCCAUGCAGACGCGGUUGGGCAACCCGCCCGUCGUCGUGGUGGACUUCAGCGGCGCUACCGGCCCGGACCUUGGAGGGCCGGAGGGCAGCGGCGCAGACGCAGGCGGCCACGGCGGCGCACGUCGACCGCUACGGCUUUCUUGGCGGCUGCUGGCGGCGAUGGAGGCCCGACCUCGGGGGGACAAUAUCGACGCUUCGUCUGCCUCGUCGCCCCAUCCCGGCGGCCCAGAGCCGCGCGAACAGGUCGACGACUAUGCCGAAAGGUCGGCGACCGUCCUGGCGCAGCGGAGCAGUCUGACUGAGCUCCAGCGCCAAAUCGCGGCGGAGAUGUCCGACGCGGCGCAGGAGUCCAAUGCGGUGGUCUUCGUGCGCGCGUCGUUAAAGGCGGGCAACUACCGCUCCGCCCAGAAUUACUUCGACGACGCCUUCCGACACCAGGAGGUCCACCUGCAGACGGACGUCGACCCCAGGGUGGUCAAGUCCAUCGUCAUAGCCCUGCCGGGCGCCCGGUUGAAGGAAGUGUUUGCCCUCGGCUGCCUCGACCGGCUCGUGGUGCUGGCGGCCGGCACGCCGUUCUCGGUCGAGGACGUCGCCCACAUGGCCGACGUGGUAAUCAUCGCCGCUUGGAUUAUGCUCAGGGAGAUUGAGCUGGGAUCGGCGUUGCUCAAGGACCUCGGCCUGACGACCACCCACGUGGCCAUCGACGUGCCGCUCCACAAGACGGCCCCCGGCGGCGAGUGUGUCAUGACACGCCGGCGCCUUGAGUGCGCGUGCGGCGUACAGGUACAACCGCUGUGCCCCUUCCACGCGGCUCAGCGCCACCUACUUCGGCUGCGGCUCCGAAAUUGCACCGGGCAGGACGACCCGGUACUGCCGGCGCAGGACGGCGGAUUUAUGCCGAAGCACGCCGUGAUCAACAAGUUCCGACAGGUGCUGCAGGCGGCCGGGAUCGAGCUGACGUAUGUGGACCCCAACGACAGACAGCGGACCUCGCCACUGGCCCUGGCGCCCGGCGCGGCGGCGGCGGCGUCGCCCAACGAGGCCGACCUUGAGAGGGCCGAGUGGGUGACCCUGCGGUCGUUGGUGUUAUGGGGCCAAGAAUUUUUACCGGCUGGACGGGAUGCCUCCCGGAGCGGACGCCUGCCUCCGCUGCUUCCCGCCGGAGGCGGAGCCGGCCGAAGACGCCGUGCCGCCACAGGCGGGCAAGAGGUACGACCAGAGAAAGUUGUCCUCAGUGGCCGAGUCCUCGGCGGAGUCCGGUUCAGACGCAUCAGCGACCGUGGAGGUCGACUGACUUCGGCAGAGGCCGACCUAUGUGAUGCCCGCGACCUCGUCGCAGUUUUGGAUCUUAAGUCGGCCACCCACCCUCCCGUCGCCCCUCCUGGCUACGGCUUCGACUCCGGCCCCCCCCUCGUCAACUACCUGACGGCGAAAGGCUUGGACCGCACGGCGACCCUCGCGCUUAUCGUCGACAACGUCGCCGACUUGGUCCACCAGGUCGUGGAGCCCUUCACGGCGGGGUGCACCAUCAACGGCGCGCAGGCACCGUCCUCCACGCCAACGACGACGGUGACUUCGACGGGCGUGGCGGUCGACCCCGACGACAAGAUCCCGAAGACGUUUGCCCACUGCGCCACCCAGAUCGACGUCUACAACAACCGCCUCCUCGACGGUAAGAAGCGGCGCUUCCUCGAGAACAUGCUCGCCGGCGCGGAGUCCCUGGCCAGGGUGUGGCAUGAACACACCAAAACCAAGGCGUGCACGCCGAUCAGCCUUGGCGAGAUCCUCCAGAAGCGGCUGUUCACGGCGUCUGGCGACGUCAAUCCGCUGACUCUGCCCAGACAGGGCUCCUCGGCAACAGCCGGCCAGGCGCUGCGGCUCGUGAAUGGCGAGGUGGUCUCGGGUCAGUGGGCGCCCCGGUCGUUGCUGGCGAUUAUCGACGGUGUCGACGCUGCCAGGUGGGCCCUCAUACUCGUCGAGGUCGGCAAGGAGGAGGACAUUAACGCAUUCGCCGACUGGUUCGUCGCCAAAGCCCGCAGCAAUCCUACCAAGCUCGACCAGGUGAAGCGGCUGUGGCUGGAAGCGUCGUGGGCCAUAGCCCUGGGGAUGCGGGCCGGCAAGACGUUCAAAGAGAUGGCCGCCGAAGUCGUGGCCGACACGGCGAUGGUGAACGAGGCCAUGGCGUACGUCGAGCCGGCGCCGAAGCGCAACCCCGCCAACGGCAGCACCAACGACGAUGACUUCCAGCCCAAUGCGCCGCGCCGCGCUCGCGGCGGGAACCGCCAGUAUAGGCGCAGGAACUAUGACGACGACUACCGAGGCGGUCAGCCGGGAUCGACAGGGCAUCGUGCAGACGAUCGCGACGAUUGGAGAGAAGACCGCCGAGAUGACCGUCGCGGAGACCGGGGCCAGGAUUGGCGGCGCGGCGGCGGCAAGGGCUACCGCCAGCAGUACCAGCAGUGGACACACGACGAUGAUGGCGCCGGUGGGAAUCGUGGGGGCAAUAGACGGGGCCCACCGGCGGCAACAAGCGCAAGGACGACCGCCGCUAGGGACAGCGCGGGGCCUCGUCAGACGACGAGGUACCCGACCCUUCGGCCAAGCGAGUUCGACUCCGACAGCGCGCCCCCGACGGCAGGGCGGCGUUCGCGUGGGAGAUCGACGGCGCUUGCCGCAGGGUGGUCGAGGAGCGCCUGCCCUGGCUCCGGCAGCGGGGGGGACUUGACCAAAGACUCGGCGGACGACAUCGCCGGCAUCGUCGAGCAGGUCGACCCCGACGGCGCGGCGAUCAUCAUCAUCACUAUGGCGCCGCCCUGCCAGGACUUCAGCCUGAUCCGGUCCGACGGUCCUGGGCACAAAGGUAAGAACGGCGGCCUCUUCCUAAAGGCGAACGGCUUUGUCGACGACAUCAAGCGGCGCCUGCCACGGCGGAAGUUCGGCACUCUCGCCGAAAACACCACCAUGCGGAAAGAGGACCCGGCGACGGGCGCCCACCUGGUUUGGUCAGUCCAGAACGGCUGGGACCGCCUGCGGCUUGAUGCGCACGGCUGUCGACUGACGACUUCGACCUGGCCGGCCUCAAGUUCCACCCUUCGGUCUUCUCCGGCAGGCGGUGCAUACCAGACGAGAACGGCAGACCGGCGCCUCGCAACCAGCGGGGCUCCAUUCCGCCCGACGCCAAGGACAGUUCGCCCCUUGGCACUAUGUCAGGGAGGCGCUCAUGGAGGACUGGUGGUGCCUCCCCCGACGUCAAAGAGCGCCCGCGCCGGAACACGGCGUGGGCCCAAUCAUAUUUUGGCAGCUUGCGGCCGACGUGGUCCGGUUCUAGAGCCAGCGUGGGAAUUUUUGCUCGUCGUCCGGGGCCAACUCCGCCACGACAUCCUCAGGAUCCGGCGGGAGGUGCGGCAGGAAAUCCAGCUCAUCGAGGAGGGCGAGGAAGACCUCGACGAGUGGCUUAAGCACCGACCG